GGCGACUGUGGGCUCAAUUGCGCCUCGCACGUUGGCCAGGCAGCAGGUCCUCUCGGCGGCUCCUGGAGAAUUCGCGUAAGUCCUUCGUGGCCGGCUUGUGGUGCUACGCGCGAUAAGUACUGAGUCGCAGAGCCGGUUCGACUGUGAGUUUAUUUUUUGGCAGUGUAUUUUCGGCAAUCCUUGGAGUUUUGGGGGCGGAGAACCCAGAGCCAAGCCGCACCCUGUACAGUUGCAGUCCCGGCGAGCCGCGUGUCAUUUCCGCUUCCGUGUGCGUGCAAUUAGUGGGCGGCAUGGCGGCCCCGAGCCGCCGACACCGCAAACGCUCCAAGACAAUGUCGCUGGUGGCACUGCUCCUGGGCCUCUCCUGCGUGACCCUGGCGGCCGGAAAUGACGCCAUUUCCGCGCCGAAAGCGGGAAAGGAUCUGCCGCAGCGGCAGCGACGGCCGGACAUCGAAGAUGAUGGCGGAGCGCGACAGGACAAGGACUUUGAUUUCGCCGCCUAUGUGAAUGAUUUCAAUUUGCAAGAAGAGGCCUCCAUUCCGGAGGACAUAUUUGACCAGCACGACGGCGACAUCAGGGAUGAGGACGCAGACUCGGCCCACAUUCAAUACGCUCCAUCUGCAGCUGCCACCGGCGAGGAGGAAGACGCCGCCGCCGCCGCCGAAGAUGACGAGGAUGUGGGGCUGAUGGAGGAGGACGACGAUGCAUCUGAGGCAGCUGAUAUCGUACUUGAAUCUCAAAGGCCCACUUCAAGGAAUUUCAGUGUUUACCUGGACGCUAAGAAAUACCAAAAUAACAAAAACCAGAAGCGUUCCAAGGAUAAGAAGAACAAUAUAAGCCACUACAACUACAAAUUGAAAAACAAUAAAGAGAACCGAAGGCUACCGAAGGAAACUGCUGCCGUUGCCGCUGCUGCUGGGAAAUCGGAAAAGACGGAAUCGCUUGUUCUCGGUGGCGGCGGAAAAUCCAAAUUCACUUCCGGCGAGGAGGACGACGGCGCGAACUUUGGCAGGCAAAGUUUUGCGUAUAAAAAAUUAAAGAAAAUGCACGAACAGCAUAGUCAACAGGAGAAGGAGAGGAAACGGGGCGACGAUGGUGAUUUACUAGGGGAAUACCCGACGUCACAGCUGUUUGAUGCUAUUGAAAUAUUAAAUGAACGAAAAUUUAAUAAGCCAUCGGACGAAUCAACGGACAAGUUUCCGCAGAAGGAGCAGGAGAAGUCCAGACAGGUGGAUGAGGCCAUUGGUGAUAUCGAGGACAAUUUGGAUAAUGAUGAAGCAUUGCCCAGCGAAAACGACGACGACGACGACGACGAAGGCGACGACGAGGACAUUAAGUCGCCCAUUGACAAUGAUGAAUUGGCCAAAAAAUACCCAGUAGCCACAUCGGCAACCACCAAGGUCCCAGUCCACACCGCUCCGACCGCAGCAGAAGCCACUAGUAGCAGCAGCACCACAACAACAACAUCAACUCCAGCCGCAUCGACAACAGCAGCACCAAGGACAUUGCCAACAAUCGGCCGCAAACUGAAGAGAAAUUUUGUUGGUCCUUCCCAGCCGGAAACCAGAUACUAUGGCAGCUAUGAUAUCGGAAGGAUUCGGGCAUCGGCGGUCCAAGAGGAGGAUAACCAUGGGGAGGAUAAGGAUGAGCAGCAGCAGGAUGUGGGCGAGCUGCACUACUAUGACACCAGCAGCAGCCCCAGAAAGUUGGUCGCUUUCGAUCCGGAAAACUCCGAGGAGAAUUACUUGGCCGGCUUCUAUGCUGGCAAAGUGAAUGCAACUGAGAAGAAACAGCCGCAGCUGCAACAUGUUGUUGCACCGCAGCAACAUGCAACACGCUACGUGGACGACGACUAUGCCGAACAGCAGCCGCCGGCGGAGAAGUCCAAGCCGGAAAAUCCCUGGGAGAAGUCCGCUGAAAAGCUGGAGGAGGAACAGGACCAGGAUCCGCUGGAGGAUGGCAAAUUGGAAUCUGAUUUGGAAUCUGCAUUGCAGCGGUAUCACGAGGCCUCGCCCACUGUCACCGCCGCCGCCCCCUCGUCGGCGUUUGAGCGCUUCAAGGCGCUGCGGAGAAGUCGCCAGAGGACGGGGCACAAGAGCCACAAGAAGCGGUACAAGGACUACCUGAAGAGGCACCCCAAGAAGGAAGUGACGGAGCCGCCGGUGGAAAUCGGAAAUCCACCACCCACCAUCUCGGCCAGACACCUUCAGAAGUUGCAAAAGGAGCGGGAACGAUCCACGCACUCGGCACCGAUCUUUGCCCUGGGGCUGCGACCCCAGCGACCUCUGCCCACCACUGGGAAGCCCUUCUACGAGGGACAGGUCAACUACUACGACAACCAGCCACCCUUGGAUGUGGAUCUCAAGCACCACACGGAAAUGGAGCGCCUGAUUGCCCACGACAACGGCAAUUGGUAUCGCCGCAUCAGUCCGGUGCUGAGGAAUGGCAUUAAGAGUGAUCCGCCGUCUAAGGAGCGCCACCACAGAGAUGGUCACCUAGGUCACCAGCAGCGCCAGCACCAGCACCACCACCACCAUCAUCAUCACCAGAGUCACAAUCACCAUCACCACAAGCCCGCGCAUCUGAGAUCCCGCCCCAGCAAUCCCUACCAGAGGAAGUCUCCUGCGGCCGGAAGUCCAUCAGUGGCUGCAGCCGCACCACCACCGCCGCCACCACCCACUCCACCAUUGCCACCACCGAAACCACAGCUGGGCCAUCAGAUCACCGAACUGGAGCACCUCGAGCGCUACUAUGCCAAGUGGCCUCAUCUAGCCAGGGUGCAGUUCCAGGUCUACGACGAGCACUACCGCGAGUCGCAUCCCGAACUGUAUGCCGACUACGAGGAUGACUACGAGAGUGCCGCCGAGCUGGAGGAGGCCCAGCAGGAGCGCGGCGAAGAGGCCAACCUGCCGCCCUACAUCAAGAAGUACAACCGGCGAAACAAGCAGCUGCUCAAUCUCCUCGAGGGCACCCUGCCCACACCCACCCUGGAUCCCGGCCAGAGCUCCCUCGGCAGCACCGCAAGCAUCCGGCUGGAUGAUGAGUACCUGAAGGAGAAGAGGCGUCGCUACCAUCAGCACCAGCACUUCGAGGAUUUGUUCGCCCAGCAAAGGAGUCGAUUUAGCACUACCGCUCCACCAAAAGAGGAGGUUACCCUGGCCCAGAAGGAUCCAGACCCCGUUCCGGUCACUUCGACAUCGCCUCCACCCAGCAAUCAGUUGCCCGAGGAAGAUGCUCCCGUGGCCUCGGAUGAGGUGGUUUCUGGCGAUCCUGCACCCGAGACCCUGGACUUUUGGCAGCGCGAAAUGGCCAGGAAAGUGGGCGGUUCAUCCGCGUCUACAUCAACCACGCCGAAGCCAGCGCUCUUCAAACUACCAUCCUAUCCAGCCAUCGCGGGCAGCUUCCUGGGCACACCGCGCAGUCGCAGCCGGAGUGCCCAGUUUGUGGCCAAUGUGGCCGGCAGGGGUCAGAGUAGUUGGCCCCGCUUGGAGACGAGCAACUCCACGGAGAAGCCAGCCGGCGGGGGAGGCUCCGAAGGGGAAGGAGGUGGAGCAGGAGCAGGAGGAGGAGCCCCCGGAGGAGGCGGGCGGGGAGAUCCCUCGCCGCUCAACUCCUUUGUCUACCAUCGCGUGAUCGAUGGCAUCGGCCUGGGCGGAGCAUCUGGCCUGGGCAGCAGUAGAGGCAAGCAGUCCCGGCUGCCAUUCGUGGCCAUCACGGAUCGACGGCUGGAGAAAUCGCUGGCGGAGCGACACAAAGACUUUGAGCAGAAUCACUUUCCGAUGCCUUAAGCCGCGAAUUUGUGCAGCAGUGGAAAAGCUGGAAAAGCUGAAGACGGAAAAGUAGCAGGAGAAGAGGAAGAGUAAAGAAAAAUUAACAAUGAGUUGGUGGCAACGGGUGGAAAGGGGAUUUAUCGGGGGUAUUAAACAAAUUUGUAGAACUAAAAAUAAUCCACGAAAGCCCCAAAGAGCUUCUUAUAUCAACUGAAUUUUCCUGCUCUUGAACAUUUUUAACAAACUUAGUUUCAAAUAUUUUUUAAAAUCAAGAAAGAACUAAAAUCCAACUACAAGGAGUCUUGAGCAUUUUACACCCAUCAACAAAAUAUUUUUGGCAAAAUUAUAAUCCAACGAAACGAAAAAAUAAACGACAUUUUCUGAUUCUUAAAAAACUGAGUUGUCAACUUUCGACUGAUAUCAAAUUUAAUACGUAUUUUAAUGUUUUCAAGAAACAUUUCAAAGCGUUUUCGAGCCACAAUAAACUGAUGCCAGCCAGAUUCGAGGGAUUCUUCCCCUUUUUUGAACAGACAACUUGAAAAGUACCCUCUCCCCUUGCCACACAUGUUACCAACUCAGAAUCUAAGCAUAAUUCUAGUACUAUAUUGUAGUCGCCGCUUUCGGAUGUAUUAUUUUUGGUCUUUUAUGUUCUACAAGGGACGGAGGGAGCGAAUCAAAGGAUAUAGAGAUAAUUGUCGAAAACAAUUUUUUUGUGUGGUGAACAUAUAAAGAAACAUUUAACGAUAAACGUUAGAAAAAGUAAUUGAUAAAAUAAAUCAAAAAAUACAAAAAAAAGAAAUGUAAAACUAAAGGUAAGCGAAAAUAUUUUUUUUUGUGUAUAAAUAGCGAAAAACACCUGUAGACACACACACACACACAUACAUAUAUACGAAAAACACACACACGGACACUCAAAGAGCUGUUAGAAAUCAAAAAGUGAUAACCGAAAAUAAAUAUGUUGACUUUGCGCCUUGGUUUCGAUUGGAUUUUACUUAGUUUUAGAAGGCAUUGCUUCUGAGUGUAAAGUAGCUGAAUAUUAGAAGAAAUUGUUAGAAAAGAGCCUCUCCAGCAAAAAAAAAUAGUAAGCCAGGCAAACGAGCCAACAAUUGUUUGAACUUUAUUGCAAACGUUUAGGGUUUAUAUUGGUUUUUACUCUACAUGUAUCUGUUUAAUUAUUUUAUAAUAAAAGCAAAAUGGCAGCACUACUUUUCACGCACAAACACUUGCAGCUUUCCUCGUCGCCCUUGCACGCAAAAUCCAUCGAAAUAGGUUUCAAAAUUAAACGAAAAACAAUGAAAAGUUAAGGAAAAAAAAUGCGCAGAAGACGCCAGAUAACAACGUUGCACAAAACUUAAAAUAUAUUCAAUUAGCCAGAACAUAGCAAACAAUAAGUUUUAGUGGUUAAAAGAAAAGCAAACGAACAGAGAACAAUGUUUAAUACGACAUAUCAAGACGAAGGAAAGACAAUUAUAGAUGCUAAAAGGAAGUACUGUAUUGGAAAAAUAAAUUUUUGAUUUUGUUUUGAGUUUACUAAGCGCAAGUAUUCCUUCAGUUUGAUUCGAUUUAUACCAUUUGAAAAAAUAAAAAUAUUUUUAGAUACACUUUCUGACGGACUAAGAAAUUACUGACGUUCAACUCUAUAAAAAAUGUUCAACCUAAAAGCUAUUUUUGAAAAAUUGUAUUUCAAAUGAUAUAAUUCGUGUUAUAAUAGUGAUAUAAUUUCCCAACAUUUUAAGGACUUUGUGUUUGACAGUCCGAAGCAAACAUUACGCACACGCAGAUGCAUACAGACAACGUAAAAAAGGAGGUAAAAGUGCAGAAGGAAGAGGACGAAAAACUCUGCAAAAUUCCCCCAAAAUGAGUCGAAAACUUAAGAAAUUAAAAAUACUUUGUGUGGAAAAUAAAAGAAAGCAGAACAAAAACAAAAAUGCAUUUCCACAGCUUUGGCCGAAUUACGAGUUCGUACACACGCACACUGACACAAAGUAUGUGAGCGGAAAUGAAAAUUUCAUAAGCAAGACGGAUAAGGCGGGUGCGAGAAGUCGGGAAGGAGAAAGUGGAGAAAUGCAAUGCGGUGUAAUUAACAUAUCAAAAGCGAAACGUGGGGAGGAAAAACGGCGAAAGCGCCAGGCAAUUAAAACUAAGCGCGGUGGCAAAAAUAUCUCUCAAAUUGGACUCAUAAAAGUAAUUGUUUUUGAUUUAAUUUAAUAAAAGCUUCUUUGUGGCUCAGCUUUAACAUUUAAAAUGUAAACUCUUUGAGUUGAAGUGAAAACGAGAUCGGAUUUCGAUUUUCCGGACUCGCGCAAAUGUUCGCUGUUUGUUUGUUGUACAAUUUAAUUGAAAUUUCAGUUGAAAUAAAAAAAAGGAAAAAGGCAGUCGAAAUGCAAAGACCUUUAAAGAUAUCAACGUAUCAAAACAAAAAAGCAAAAAUGAAAGACACAACACGAAAACAACCCAACACAUACAUGUAUACACAUCUCAUUAUGUGGUAACAUUUUAAUGGAAUGAAAUUCAAUAAAGCAACAAUUUAUUAUUUACGCAUAA